AUAAACCUUCUCCUCAGGUUCCCUGAGCUGCCUGUUGUCUUCCUGCGGGUUUUUCGGGAAUUUUUGACUCAGUCAGCAGUCACUGCGAGCUCACCGAGUCAAGUGGUGCUCCUGGAUUCGCCACACGUUCCUUUCUUGAUUUUUGUUUUAUAAACCCUUGCCAUCAUGUCCGAUGAAGAAGAGGUCUACUCCGAAGAAGAGGAGGAGGAAGAAGUUGUUGAAACAAAAACGACCACAACCACAACCACCAGAGUCGAGGAAACUUCCGGCGAUCCAGAAUUCAUCAAGAAAACUGACCAGAAAAGAUCCGACUUAGAUGAACAGCUCCGUGAAUACAUCACCGAAUGGCGCAAACAGCGUGCCAAGGAAGAAGAUGAAUUGAAAAGGCUAAAGGAAAAACAGGCUAAACGCAAGGUAACUCGUGCCGAGGAAGAGAAGAAACUCGCCGAACGCAAGAGGCAGGAAGAGGAACGUCGCCAACGCGAAAUUGAAGAGAAGAAACAGAAGGAGAUCGAAGAGAAGAGGUUGCGUUUGGAAGAAGCGGAGAAGAAGCGUCAAGCGUUGCAAGCCUUGAACGCUGCCUCCAGGAAAGGACCCAACUACACCGUAUCCAAGAAGGAAGUAGCCGGAUCUAACCUUAGCCCCGCUCAAGUAGAAAGGAACAAGACCAAGGAACAGCUGGAAGAAGAAAAGAAAAUCUCCCUCUCCAUUCGUAUCAAACCUUUGAACAUCGACGGUUUGAGCGUGGAUAAACUCAGAGAAAGAGCCACCGAACUGUGGGACCUCAUCGUCAAGCUGGAAACUGAAAAGUACGACUUGGAAGAAAGGCAAAAACGCCAGGACUACGAUCUUAAAGAACUGAAAGAAAGACAGAAACAGCAACUGAGGCACAAGGCCCUUAAAAGCGGUCUAGACCCUGAAGCCACAGGCAAAUACCCACCUAAAAUCCAAGUAGCCUCCAAAUACGAAAGGCGUGUGGACACUAGGUCGUACACUGACAAGAAGCAUCUAUUUGAAGGUGGAUAUGAAAACAUUGUUAAAGACCUGAACGAAAAGACCUGGAAAGAAAAAUUGGGACAAUUCGAUUCCAGACAGAAGGCACGCCUGCCCAAAUGGUUCGGCGAGCGCCCGGGCAAGAAAGCCGGCGAACCCGAGACUCCAGAAGGCGAGGAAGAAAAACAGGUGGUAGACGAUGAAGACCUGAAAGAACCAGUCUUCGAACCCGAACCAGAAGAAGAGGAAGAAGAGGAGGAGGUUGAAGAAGAAGAGGAGGAAGAGGAUGAGGAAGAGGAGGAGGAAGAAGAAGAAUAAGCUUUCCUCUAAACGUCAGGAUUUUUUCAAUAUAUAUGUCCACCCAAGACCCGGAGCAAUGUGGACCUCCAAUAAACUUAUUUUUAUUAUUUUUAAGUUUAAACUUACAUUAUUUUAUUCUGUUAAUCAUUAAAAUCUGUUGAUAAAUAAAGAUAUAUUCCUACAUGUAA